AUGGAGGUCAAAGUCAUGGUGCGCAUUUCUUCCACACUUGCUAGAGACACAUCUGAGUCCAGCUCUUUCUUAAAAGUUGACCCCCGUAAGAAGCAAAUCACACUGUAUGACCCGUUGGCCUGUGGAGGUCAGAAUGCUUUCCAGAAAAGGGGCAACCAGGUUCCACCCAAGAUGUUUGCUUUUGAUGCAGUUUUUCCCCAAGAUGCAUCACAGGCUGAAGUCUGUGCUGGGACUGUGGCUGAGGUGAUCCAGUCUGUGGUCAAUGGGGCAGAUGGCUGCGUGUUCUGCUUUGGCCAUGCCAAGCUUGGGAAGUCAUACACCAUGAUCGGGAAGGAUGAUUCCAUGCAAAACCUUGGCAUAAUCCCUUGUGCCAUCUCCUGGCUCUUCAAGUUGAUUAAUGAACGCAAAGAGAAGACAGGAGCCCGCUUCUCAGUCCGAAUUUCUGCAGUGGAAGUGUGGGGGAAAGAAGAAAAUCUAAGAGACUUGUUGUCAGAAGUGGCUACAGGCAGUCUGCAAGAUGGCCAGUCCCCAGGUGUCUACCUUUGUGAAGACCCCAUUUAUGGCAUGCAGCUCCAGAAUCAGAGUGAGCUCCGCGCCCCUACGGCAGAGAAGGCUGCCUUCUUCCUUGAUGCCGCUAUCGCCUCGCGUCGCAGCAGCCAGCGGGACUGCGACGAAGAGGAUCACCGCAACUCCCACAUGCUCUUUACUCUGCACAUCUACCAGUAUCGCAUGGAGAAGAGUGGCAAAGGCGGAAUGUCUGGAGGUCGCAGCCGCUUGCACCUUAUUGACCUGGGUAGCUGCGUGAAAGUGCUCAGCAAAAACCGGGAGGGAAGCUCUGGCCUCUGUCUCUCAUUGUCAGCACUGGGCAAUGUCAUCCUCGCCCUUGUCAAUGGAAGCAAACACAUCCCAUACAAAGACAGCAAGCUCACCAUGUUGCUUCGGGAGUCCUUGGGGAAUAUGAACUGCCGCACUACAAUGAUAGCUCACAUUUCAGCCGCUGCAGGGAACUACGCUGAGACGCUGUCCACCAUCCAGAUUGCAUCAAGGGUCCUCAGGAUGAAGAAAAAGAAAACUAAGUACACAUCAAGUUCUUCUGGAGGAGAGAGCUCUUGUGAGGAGGGCAGGAUGCGGAGGCCAACCCAGCUGAGGCCUUUCCAUUCUAGAAACACUGUUGACCCAGACUUCCCUAUUUUGCAUUUAUCAAGUGAUCCUGAUUAUUCGUCCAGCAGCGAGCAGUCAUGUGACACGGUGAUUUACGUUGGCCCCAAUGGCACUGCCCUUUCUGAUAAGGAACUGACAGAUAAUGAGGGUCCCCCUGACUUUGUUCCCAUAGUUCCUGCUCUGCAAAAGACCAAAAAUGAGGGCAGGUUGGAAGAAGUUAGUGAAUCGGGGCCCAGCACGUCUGAAAGAGACUGCCUGAAGUGCAACACCUUUGCAGAGCUCCAGGAGAGGCUGGAUUGCAUAGAUGGCAGUGAAGAGACCGACAAAUUUCCCUUUGAAGAGAUGCCUGCUCAAUUUAGCUCAGACCAGAUGUCUAAGUGCUCUGUCUCAAGCCAGCUGGCAGAGCUUAGCCACUUACCAGAGUCAGAUAAGGAAGAUACGAUGCCAGAAAGUCAACAUCCUGACAGAGAAGCCAAGGAAAAUAUAAAUGCAACACCCAGCAAACUUAAAAGAAAUCACUCCCCUGUUCCUUCUGGAGCUCUUACUAAUGUUUCAACUCCUUCUUCUCCCAGGAGUGUAACAGGCAGCUCUAGUAAAGAGCUUAGCUCUUGUCAGUUAGCACACAGCACCAGCUUGCAGAGCAGCAGAGAAGGUCUCAAUACCUGUGGAUUUGUGGAAGGCAAACCUCGGCCAAUGGGUUCGCCCCGGCUCGGCAUUGCGAGCCUCUCGAAGACAUCUGAGUACAAGCCACCAACUUCUCCUUCACAGAGGUGCAAGGUCUAUACUCAGAAAGGAGUCCUGCCCAGCUCCACUCCCCCACCAGCUCCCCUGAGUAAGGAUACUGGGAUGACAUCUAGUGAAUCUUUAUUGCAGCCAGAAAUCCGGACCCCACCUGUAGGCAUGAGCCCUCAGAUCAUGAAAAAGUCGGUGUCCUCCAGCAAUGGGGAUUUUGAAGAGACCAUUCUUGAUGAAGACCAGCAACAAAGCAUUUCUCCAGAAUCCAAGAAGGAGAUUCUGAGCACCACCAUGGUGACUGUGCAGCAGCCGUUAGAGCUGAAUGGAGAGGACGAGCUGGUGUUCACCCUUGUAGAAGAGCUAACCAUUAGUGGAGUCCUUGACAACGGGCGCCCAACCAGUAUCAUCAGUUUUAACAGUGACUGCUCUGUGCAGGCUUUGGCUUCUGGGUCUCGGCCAGUCAGUAUUAUCAGCAGCAUAUCUGAAGAUCUUGAAUGUUACUCCAGUGCAGCUCCUGUGUCUGAAGUCAGUAUCACGCAGUUCCUUCCACUUCCAAAGCUGGGCCUGGAUGACAAAUCCCAGGAUGAUGGCAGCAGGCGCUCAUCCAUCAGCUCAUGGUUGAGUGAAAUGAGCACAGGGAGUGACGGUGAACAGUCAUGCCACAGCUUCAUAGCCCAGGCAUGUUAUGGGCAUGGGGAAGCAAUGGCAGAACCCCCUGUCUCUGAGUUUGCGAGCACCAUACAAAGUGCCAGCAUGAUUUGUGUAAGUGACAAACAGAAGCCAGUGACUGACAACAUGCUUAUACUGUCAGAAAUGGGGGAGGAAGCUUUCGGCAAAGUGCCACCCAUCAAAGGCUGUAAAAUAUCAGCUCUAGGGAAAACUACUGUCACAAUCAAAAACACCGCAAGCCUCAGCAGCUGUGAAGGCUACAUCCCAAUGAAGACAAACAUUACCGUGUAUCCAUGUAUUGCCGUUAACCCCUUCAAAGCACAAGACACUGAUGACACUCUACCGGCAGUAACCGCAGACCCAAAAGUUGCUCAUGCCCAUGAUGGGAAAGAAUCCAGUGCUAAGAAGGAUAUUAAAUUUGAAGACCCUUGGCUGAAGAGAGAAGAAGAUGUAAAAAAGGACAGCUCUGGGAGCAGUGAUGGGCCAAGGCCUGACACAACCAGAGUUUCAGCCAAGCCUGAGCACAGCACAAAGCAGUCCUCAGCAGACAGGUUUAGCAGCAGCAGCAGCAGCGGGGACGCCUCUAUUUCCCCAGGAUCUGACAGUCCAAAAAGGAUUGUGGAUGGGUGUGAGGUAGCAGCAUCCGGCUCUGCAACCCAAAGCCCUGUUCAUUCUGGUGACGGCUUGAAGAAUGGCAGCCUCCCUCGAGGGCUCCCGAAGGCAAGCAAGCUGGAGGAGCCUGACAGUCACCUCCAUCCUACUGCCACUGACACCAGUGGAGUUGGCUGUCCUGCCCUCCCCCAGUUUUCUAAGGGUAGCCUCGACAAGAAAAUGGCCUCUCCCAAACACUGUGUCCUUACUCGUCCCAAAGGGACCCCUCCUCUGCCACCGGUGAGAAAGUCAAGCUUGGAUCAGAAGAACAGAGCCAGCCCCCAGCACAGCGCAGCCAGCAGCACCACGAGCAGUCCCUCCAGCCAGCCCGGGUCCUUCCUGGCCAGCUUCCCUGAGGAGCUGAGUGCCAAACAGAAGGGCCCUGGCAUUGACACCAGUGGCAACAACAGCAGCAGCAAGCUCUUCAGUGCCAAACUGGAGCAGCUCGCCAGCAGGACCAACUCCCUCGGGAGGUCCACAGGAAGCCACUAUGAGUGUUUGUCGCUGGAAAGAGCAGAAAGCCUGUCCUCUGUGAGCUCCAAAAUGAGCCCUGGCAAAGACACCACCAUGCCUAGGGCCGGAAGGAGCCUCAGCCGCAGUGUCAUGUCCUCACCCACCAACUCGGGCCUCUCCCAGUCCGCAGGUGCCUCCCCGAAAGCCAGCCAGUCGAAGAUUUCUGCAGUCAGCAAGCUCCUGCUGGCGAGUCCCAAGGCCCGCAGCCUGUCUGCCUCUGCCACCAAAACGCUCAGCUUCUCGACCAAGUCUCUGCCUCAGUCCGUAGGGCAGAGCUCCAGCUUGCCUCCGAGUGGGAAGAACAUGUCCUGGUCAACGCAGUCCCUCAGCAGAAACCGGGGCUCCAGCCUUGCUUCCAAAUUGCCCCUUCGUGCCGUCAACGGGCGCAUUUCAGAGCUGCUCCAAGGGAGUGCCAGUGCCAGAGGCUUACAGCCACGGGGAAGCUCAGAGGCAGAUGAGCAUGGAGGCCUUCCGGGAGACGAGAAGCCAGCUGUUCACAUGCUGCCUUCACCUUACAGCAAGAUCACCCCUCCUCGGAAACCUCACCGCUGCAGCAGUGGUCACGGGAGCGACAACAGCAGUGUCCUGAGUGGGGAGCUGCCCCCUGCCAUGGGGAAGACAGCCCUCUUCUACCACAGCGGGGGGAGCAGUGGCUACGAGAGCAUGAUGAGAGACAGUGAGGCGACGGGGAGCGCCUCUUCGGCACAAGACUCCAUGAGCGAGAACAGCAGCUCUGCGAGCGGCAGGUGCCGAAGUCUCAAAAAUCCAAAGAAACGAUCAAAUGCAGGUUCACAGAGACGGAGGCUUAUUCCAGCUUUAUCACUUGAUACUGCUUCCCCAGCAAGGAAGCCUGCCAACAGCCCCGGGGUCCGCUGGGUGGAUGGGCCCCUGCGAAGUGGGCAGAGGGGGCUGGGGGAGCCCUUUGAGAUCAAAGUCUAUGAGAUAGAUGAUGUGGAGAGGCUCCAGCGGCGACGAGGUGGGGACAGCAAGGAAGUGCUAUGUUUCAACGCCAAGCUGAAAAUCCUGGAGCAUCGCCAGCAGAGAAUUGCUGAGGUCAAGGCCAAGUACGAGUGGUUAAUGAGAGAACUGGAGGUGACCAAACAGUACCUGAUGCUGGAUCCUAAUAAAUGGCUCAGUGAAUUUGAUCUGGAGCAGGUAUUUGAGCUGGAUUCUCUGGAAUACCUUGAGGCCCUGGAAUGUGUGACUGAGCGUUUGGAAAACCGUGUCAACUUCUGCAAGGCCCAUCUCAUGAUGAUCACCUGUUUUGACAUCACCUCUAGACGCCGAUAAAGAACGAACCUCAAGAGAAUUUCAAUGUGCAUCUCUGCCAUCCUCCUUUUCCCCUCUGAAUAGCAUCCCAAAGACAACAGAAUGAGGAUGAAGGUUGGAGUCAAGUCUCAACUGUGUGUAUGAGAGAUUUGCGUUGCUAUACAGAAGAGUAGUAUUAAAAAGAACAGGAUGAGCAUGAAAAAUGGAGAUAUAUAAGGUUGUUGAUUCUCUUAGCCUAAAAGAGCACUUUGAGGAACCUUUAAGGACAUGUCUGUAAAUAAGAACUGCUGGCAGAAGACGCUUCUUUCCCUGCGUUAGCUGAGGGAGGAGGAAAGGUGGUUGUAGGACUUCCAUUGAGAGGUUCAUUAAAAGAAAGCCUAUCCAGAAAAACUGUUUAAGUGCCUUGCAAAUCUUUAUUAUCCAAACAUUUAUGUUCAUACUUUAUUGUGUACAGAUGGUGCUA